AUGACAAAUGCAGUUGAUGAUUGUGUGUACCAUAAGUUCAAUGGGAGUAAGCAUGUUUUCCUGGUUUUAUAUGUUGAUGACAUAUUGCUUGCCAGCAACGAUAUAGGCUAUUUGCACGAAACCAAGAGAUUUCUAUCAAAUCACUUUGAGAUGAAAGAUCCUAGGGACGCCUCUUUUGUGUUAGGGAUACAAAUUCAUCGAGAUCGUCAUCUAGGCACUUUUGUAUUGUCACAAAAGGGCUAUAUCAAAAUUUUUUUGAAAAGUUUUGGCAUGCAAGACUGUAAACCAGGUGAUACCCCUGUAGCUAAGGGAGACAAGUUCAGUCUCACUCAAUGCCCAAAGAAUGACUUUGAGAAUAAAGAAAUGAAGAAGAUCCCUUAUGCAUCAGCUAGAACAAAGGAUUACAUGCUCACUUACAGAAGGUCAGAUCAACUUGAGAUUGUUGGAUACACUGAUUCUGACUUUGCUGGAUGUCAAGAUAGCCUGAAAUCCACAUCUGGCUACAUCUUUGUCAUAGUUAAAGGAGUUGUCUCUUGA